AUGGCUAUAGUUAUUAUUACUACUAUUAUUAUUGCUAUAAUUAUUACUGUUACUAUUAUUACUACGAAUACUAUUAUUAUUAUAAUAACUAUUAUUACUAUUAUUACUAUUAUUACUGUUAUUAUUACUAUUAUUACUAUUACUAUUAUUACUAUUAUUACUAUUACUAUUAUUACUAUUAUUACUAUUAUUAUUACUAUUACUACUAUUAUUACUAUUAUUAUUAUUAUUGCUAUUAUGAUUAUGAUUAUGAUUACGAUUACGACUAUUAUUAUUAUUAUGGCUAUUACUAUUAUUAUUACGGUUACUAUUAUUAUUAUUACGAUUAUUACUAUUAUUAUGGUUAUUUUUAUUAAGGUUAUUACUAUUAUUGUUAAGGUUAUGGCUAUUAUUAUUAAUAUUAAAAACUCUAUUACUAUUAUUAUUAUUAUUAUUACUAUUACUAUUAUUAUUAUUAUUACUAUUAUGAUUAAGAUUAUGAUUAUUAUUGUUAUUCAACCAUGA